AACAAAGCAAAGGAGGACUCCGAGGAGCGCUUUUCAAUGGUGCGCUGAACUUUUUGGCAACCAUCGCAUGGAUUUGGCAUGUGCUUGACCAAUCGUCUCUUUGCGCUACGGUUUCAAACCCAAAGAAAAAGGUGGGUGUCAAACUGAGGGCUUGAAGGUCUAUAGGUAAUUGGAUGAAAAAGGCAUAGGGUGGAAGAUCGAUUUGCGCUCCGCCUGAGUUCUGAAGAGUGCUUCAAUCCAAGCAGGGGAAGGGCAACGAAUUGGUGUUGUCCCUGGUAGCUAUUUCUGCCCCUUGCUGUUCAUUCACAGGGCGGUUUCCAGUAAUUUGCAGCUCAAUUCCCUCACAUCGUUGCCAGUGUAUUGCCCCAGGUGGAAACCAAUCAGCUGCAUUCGAUCGAGAUCUGGAUAGAAGGAAACAGGCAAUCGGUACUGCUUUGAGAAGCAAGUCCGUUUCGCAUCACCAAUGGCCAUGGCCACACGGCCAAUCAGCGGAGGACAGCUGUUAACAGACGGCUCGUCCUGCGUUUGUGGAAAUGGGCCCAGUGUCUCCGGCUCCGGCGCCAGAGACACCUUCUUUGGGCAGCGAUUGACGGUCCAAUAUCCCGUCCGAAGGCCCAGGAAACAAGAGACGGCCAGGGUUCAAAUGACGGUGCACCCAAUCAACUCCGUCCGUUCUCUGGUGACACAAUGGCUGCACAGAAAAGCGAGUGCGGAGCCUGUUAACACCGCAGUGUUCACGCCCUACUCCAUGCUGCGCGAAAAGGCCCCCGCCAUCGCAGAUCUUCCCCCCAGUUUGCGGAACGGGGUGGCGGUGAAGGAGCGCCCGAUGCCCAAAACAGAGGAAGAGGAACGGGGGGGGAAUGCCUGGGGGGGGUUUGACUUGCAUGCUGACAUGUUCAAGGCGGGGCGGUUUGUGGACAGCGGGUUUGUCUUCAGGGAGCGGUUUGCUAUCCGGUGUUAUGAGGUGGACCGGAAUCGGACGGCCAGCAUCGAAACAAUUGCAAACCUGAUGCAGGAGGUUUCUGCUAACCACGCACAAGCUGUGGGUUUCUCCAACGACGGGUUUGCCACGAGCCCCCUGAUGCGGGAACGGGGCAUGAUUUGGGUCACUACGCGCAUUCACAUUGAGAUGUUCCGGUAUCCCAAGUGGGGCGAUUUUGUUGAGUUUGACACGUGGUUCCAAGACCCCGGCCGAGUGGGGGGGCGGCGCGACUGGAACAUACGAGAUGCGGCGAGCGGGGACCUUAUUGGUUGUGGAACGAGCAAAUGGGUGAUGAUGGACCAGAAGACGCGCAAGCUCGCCCCCAAGGACGAGGAAGUCAAAGCGGAGCUGCUCGUCUACUGCCCACAGCCCUCCAAGUUUGCCCCGGUUGACAAGCUGGCUGCCUCCAUGAAGAUCUGCAAGCUGGAACAGCCCCCCGAACAUACAAAGCAGAAUCUACAGGCCCGUCGCAGCGACCUCGACAUGAACCACCACGUGAACAACGUGGCGUAUUUCGAGUCAGCAGGCCCUUGCAGCGGGACACGUGGCGUACAACCAUUUGCUGAGGCAGCAGGAGGACCUGUCCGAGAUCAGCCGAGGCCGCACUGUUUGGCGGAAGAAGCAGACGGGGAGCCAGAACGGUCGCUGAAUGGAAAACGAGGUAUUCGUGUUAACGACAAGUGCGAGCAUAAAAAACGACAGUCUUGCGUUUGGCAAAGAUUGCAAGAAUUCAAGACGGAGCGCGGUCGUGGCCGCUAG